CAUUGAUAUCCUCUUCUCUGUACCAAACAAUGGAUCAAACAAAUGACUCUGUAGUUUUUGAGUUUGUGUUGCUGGGACUCUUCAGUUCCUGGAAAACUACAAUUUUUCUCAUAUACAUUUUUUCUUUGCUCUAUUUAAGCAUAAUCUUGGGAAAUCUUUUUAUUGUCUUUUUGGUAAUUACUGACUCCCACUUACAGUCUCCUAUGUACUUUCUUCUGGCCAACCUGUCCCUCAUUGAUGUUGGACUUUCCUCUACCACAGUUCCCAAGAUGAUCUCAGAUCUUCUGAAAGAACACAGAGUAAUUUCUUUUCGCAGUUGUAUGACUCAGAUCUGUUUUAUCCACAUUAUAGGAGGAGUGGAGAUGGUGCUGCUCAUAGCCAUGGCAUUUGACAGGUACACAGCCAUCUGUAAGCCUCUGCACUACCUGAGCAUCAUGAGCCCUAAAAUGUGCAUCUCAUUUUUAAUCACUGGCUGGGUCACUGGUGUCGUCCAUGCCCUGUCCCAGUUCUCUUUUGUUAUAAACCUGCCUUUUUGUGGUCCUAACAAAGUAGACAGCUUUUACUGUGACUUCCCUCGGAUCAUACAACUCGCAUGCACUGACAGAAACAAAUUUGAAUUUGUUGUUGCUGCCAACAGUGGAUUCAUGAGCAUGGGGACCUUCUUCCUGCUUCUGCUCUCCUAUGUCUUCAUUUUGGUCACUGUCUGGAAAAGGUCCUCAGGGGACUUGUCUAAGGCACUUGUCACUCUGUCAGCACACAUCACUGUGGUUGUUCUCUUUUUUACUCCCUGCAUGUUUCUCUAUGUGUGGCCUUUUCCCACAUCAUCAAUUGACAAAUACCUGUUUAUUGUUGACUUUGCUGUAACCCCUGCCCUGAAUCCUGUUAUCUAUACAUUAAGAAACAAAGAUAUGAAAGAAACCAUUAAAAAGCUAAGUAAGCAAAGAUGUUAUGUCAGAAUUGUCUGACCAUAUCUGUCAUUAGAGUCUGUUUAUAAACACAGAAACCCCUAUUUUUAUGCUCAUUGGACGUCUUCAGUUAUUAUGCUUUUCA